AAAAAAAAGAUAAAAAACAGAGAGAGCUAAAAGAAAAGCGCAGGCGCAAAAAGCGACGGAGCUCGAGGCCAAAGGCUCCAAAACGCUCACCAUUUCCGCUUCAAAAUUCGCUCCCAUGGACUGGAGAUCUCUGUUUCCUCUCGGAUCAUCGCGUUCCGCAUCGCCGAAUCCACUGUUUCGAGCUCUGCUUCGCGUGAUCUCGCCUCCUCUCGACCCCUCCCCGCUCGCCGACAUCGCUCGCCCCCGCUCCUAGCCUCCUUAGGAGCUGCACCGCACCCCAUGCCCUCUCCCGCCCUUCGCCAAAUCGAUCUCUCCAGGCUCGGUGGAUCCGUGUCGUUCGUCCUCGGACGGGAUCGGGAAUGAGGAGUUUCGGGGGUGUGUUCCGGAUUUAUCGGUGUAGAGGGUUGCUGAAAAGCCUCUCAAGAAUUUCAGUGCUGAAUUACUUGUUGAUUGUAUUGUAUUUGGAACUCAUUGCUGAGGCAAAACUGAGCAGCCAUAAAAAAGAAGUAACAGUGGUAGCUCCAGCUGCUUCUCCGUUAGGUGGAUGGAAUCCAGUUCAUUCCAGGAUUGCACCCGCCAAGCUCGAAAUCUCUUUGCCAGCAAGUCUUCCUAUGGUUGAUAAAAGACACAGGAAGCAUUCUUCAUCACAAUUUUUUCCCUCACCAGUGCUGGCCUCGGCUCCUCCUCCAGAUCAUGGCUCACUAACAACUAAGGAUCACCCCUUAUUGAAUUCAUCAUGCCUAUCAGAUCCUUCAGUGCAACACAACGAGCAUCCUGCACUGGGAUUGGCCCUUGUACCUUCACCUGUUGGGGAUUCUGCUCCUGGACAUUCCAGUUCUAGCUCAGUUCCUUCUGGUCCGGCAGAACCUCCAUCUUCUCACUCUGGAUGUUGUGGACCGAACAGGGUGCAAAGACGAGGUACCCGAGAUUGUCAUUGUGUGUACCCAGUAAAAGUUGAGUUGUUUCUCCUGAAUGUUUCUCUGAGUUCAAAUUGGAGUAAUGAAUUUCUUGAAGAACUGGCGUUGCAGCUCAAUUUGCAAGCUACUCAAUUUGAGACUGAUAACUUCUAUGUUGUUGGUGCAUCGGGGCUAAAUAUCACAAUGAAUAUAGCCCCACUUACUGGGAUAAGUUUCUCCAAGGAUGAAGUUGAUGCAAUGAAUUCUUCGCUUGCCUUGCAUAGGGUUCGUAUUAGCCCUGCACUGGUUGGAAACUACAAGCUUCUUAAUUUAACUUGGUUCAGGCCACUUGCUCCUUCUCCUGCUCCAGCACUGACUGUGUCACCUGGUGCUUCACCACCUGCAAGGUCCUAUUGGCCUAGGCCAAAUAGUGAUACUGGAGAUGAGAAACAUUCAAGUCUAAUUAUAGUGAUUGGAAUAUGUGUUGGUGUUGUGAUCAUUGUUUUCAUAAGUGUGCUUAUAAUCUGUUCAUGCAUGUCUGGCAAAGGGAGGAAAAGGAUACCAGUCAAAGAAACAGCGAGGCCAAGAACUGCAGACGCUGUUUCUUUAGAAGGGUCUCUUCCACAUCCCACCAGCACACGAUUCCUCACAUAUGAAGAGCUCAAAGAAGCAACGAAUAACUUUGAGCCUGCAAGUGUGCUUGGAGAGGGUGGAUUCGGCCGUGUCUUCAAGGGUGCUUUAAGUGAUGGCACUGCUGUUGCCAUCAAAAAGCUUAGCACUGGAGGACACCAGGGAGAUAAAGAAUUCUUGGUUGAGGUGGAGAUGCUGAGCAGGCUGCAUCACCGAAAUCUUGUGAAACUAGUUGGUUACUACAGCAGCCGGGACUCGUCGCAGAAUCUUCUCUGUUAUGAACUUGUUCCAAAUGGAAGCUUGGAGUCCUGGCUUCAUGGUCCCUUGGGAGCUAGCUGCCCUUUGGAUUGGGACACUAGAAUGAAAAUUGCUCUUGAUGCUGCUAGAGGGUUAGCCUACCUUCAUGAGGACUCCCAACCCUGUGUGAUCCACAGAGAUUUCAAAGCAUCGAAUAUAUUGCUUGAGAACAAUUUUCAUGCCAAGGUCUCUGAUUUUGGUCUUGCCAAACAGGCACCUGAAGGUCGGACAAAUUAUCUUUCAACUCGUGUGAUGGGAACAUUUGGGUAUGUAGCACCAGAAUAUGCCAUGACAGGACAUCUUUUGGUAAAGAGCGAUGUAUACAGUUAUGGAGUAGUUCUACUUGAACUGCUGACAGGGAGGAAGCCUGUAGAUAUGUCGCAACCAUCUGGCCAGGAAAACCUCGUAACUUGGGCUCGGCCAAUUCUUCGAGACAAGGAUAGGUUAGAAGAGCUUGCGGAUCCAAGGCUUGCAGGUAAGUAUCCAAAGGAUGACUUCGUGCGAGUGUGCACAAUUGCAGCAGCCUGUGUUGCACCUGAGGCGGACCAGAGGCCUACAAUGGGUGAAGUGGUUCAGUCCCUUAAAAUGGUGCAGCGUGUCACAGAGUAUCAGGAUACCAUGCCAACUCCAUCUGCCCGCCCCAAUAUCAGGCAGUCUUCGACGACCUACGAGUCCGAUGGCACUUCCUCCAUGUUCUCUUCUGGACCUUUCUCAGGUCUAAGCCUUUUUGACAAUGACAACAUCUCCAGAACAGCAGUGUUCUCGGAAGAUCUUCAUGAAGGCCGCUGAGGCUCGAGAGUCAGAGAACAAUAUUUCUGGCCGUUAAAAACUCGAGAGCCAAUAUGGCGAUAUAAGAAUCAGGUGCUGCUAUGGGAAGAAGGCAAGGUCUUGGAUUGAUGGCUUGAGAUUGACAGAGGUUGUUUGGUAGAUUGUCGGUUGUAUAUUUCAAUUUUUCAUACACCCAGGUAGCUGUGGAGUUUAUCCCUAUAAAAAUUAAAAAUAUUGUUUUUUCCCCUUUUUC